AUGACAACAUUCUUUCCAAGAUUGAAUCUACCUGUAAUAUCCACCACUCUCGCUCUCUCUAUUCGUGGCCGUGCCACAGUGCUCAACUCUCUCAUCCUCUCUAAGCUCUGGCACGUUCUCAGAGUUGUCACCGUACCUCUAUCCUUUUUCCGUCGACUUCGCUCGAUCAUGAGUAAGUUUAUACAAUACCGCUCCUUUCCUCCCAUUUCUCUCGGCACUUUCUGCCAGCCUAUUCGGCUCGGCGGUCUAGGGGUCCUUGAUCCUCAGGUUCAACAGGCUGCUCUUCAGUUGCGCUGGCUCCGGCCUCUCGUCCGCUCUCCGCUGUCCCCCUCUGGCCUGGUCCCGCCUUGGUUCUCUUACGUCCUCCGCCUCGACUCCUCAUCUGCUGAUCCACUCGUUCCUUUGAUAUUUCCAUCUCUCCGAUCCUCUCAUCAGCGUGAUUUCGACUCUCCUCUGGCCACCCUACUUGCUGCCAUUGAUCUUCUCCCUCACAACUUCUCUGACGUGGUAGUCAACCUCCCCACCUGUCUCUCUCUGCCUCUCUCCUAUCUCACUACUGCACAACCAGACCACCCUCCCUUUCCAUCUGCAUGGCGCGAUCUCCGGGUUUCCGACGCCUAUGAAGUAGAUCCUAGUUUCGGCGUGCUUGCCCAACGCCCCCUCCACCGCAUACUCCGUCGUCCUAUUGUCCUUCACCGGUUCUUCGAACGUCUCUACACUCGCUCUCUUGUCUUGCACCCUGUCCUGUAUCGUGCCACCAUUCCCCCCGCGAUCUGUGCCAUACAGUUUCCUUCGCUAGAUAUGCCUUCUGGUACAGCUGUCGAUGUGCGUCCUUUCUUGACGGCUCUUGUCCCCGGCAUCCCUUGGCAUCGUUUGUCCACCCAGUCUUUCCGCCUACUCUGCAAUUUCCACUCCAAAUCCGCACGCCCCAUAAGCCCCACACUCGUCCCUCGCCAGCUUCGUCGGUUUUGGUCCUUCCCCCUGCCGCAUGGGGCCCGCAACGUUUGGUUUCGUGCCCUGCACAAGAACAUUCCUUGCUGUUCUCGCCUCGAUUCUAGGAUCCCUACCGCUUUCCCAGACCCAUCCUGUGCCCUCUGCUCUCACCCUCUGGACAAUCAAACUCAUUUUUUGUUCCAGUGUCCGGUCAAACUGUCCGUAUGGUCGUCAAUCUGGACGUUGUACUUCGCCCAGACCGCGACACCCACUGUCUUGCUUUCUGGUUUGCAAUCCUUCACAUUCCCUCCUUGCACCGAUUCUUCUCUUUCUGCUGCCUCAAUUUUUGGCUGCACGCUGCUGGCUAUAUGGCGCCAUCAUUGGCUGUUCAUAUUUGAUCACGUUCCUUUUAUCUCCUCCGCUGCCUUUUCCACUGCUUCCUCUCUUCUCGACCGCCUCAAGAGCGAACUUGCUCUCGACUUUCCCCCCCUUUAG